GAAGGAAGCUUUUAGAACCUGGGAAGGAGGGCACAUCUCCGGUUUUAACUAAUCAGGGCAGAGCAUUUUCUAGCCUCUCGGGGAGGGGGGGCACAGGUGUUAGUGGUGGUCCUUGAAGCCCUCUUCCAUCAUCAGCGGUGGUGAACAGGAAAGAACAUCCAUGGCAGCCGGCGGCUUCCUUCAGGAGUUCUGUCAAGAAACAACGUGCAACAUCUGCCUGGAGCCCUUCAACGAGCCCGUUACGAUUGACUGUGGGCACAAUUUCUGCCAAGCCUGCCUCACCAAGGUCUCCGGGAAGUCCAGCGCAGGCGUUUCCUGCCCUGAGUGCGGAGAGCCGGUCCCACAAAGGAACUUCAAGCCAAACCGGCAGCUGGCAAACAUCGUACAGCUUGUCAAAAAACUCCGGGUGUCUGAAACAGUGGAAAGGACGAGGGGAGUCUGCCAAAAGCACCAGGAGCCCCUGAAAUUUUUCUGCAAGGAUGACAAUGCCGCCAUCUGUGUGGUGUGCGACCGAUCUAAGGAGCACCGACAGCACAUUGUGCUUCCUAUAGAAGAGGUUUCUCAAGAGUAUAAGGAGGAAAUCAUCAUAUACAUGAAAUUUCUGAAGAAACAGAAAGAGGCUCUGGAGAGUCAUAAAGCGUCUGAAGAACUGCAAAGGCAGGAAUAUUGGAAACUGUUGGCGCUGAAGGAGGAGAAAGUCAACUUCGCUUUUGACAGCAUGCAGAUGCUUCUGGAGGAGAAGAGGCAGUGCUGGCUUGCUAACCUGCAAGAGAUCAAGAAAGAGAUGGAGAAGAAGGCAGAGGAAAACAUCGUGGGGAUCUCUGAAGACGUUUUCCGACUCAGUCAGCACAUGGCAGAGAUGGAAAAGCUGAUGACAGAGAUAGAGGCAUCCCAGUCGCCAGCUAAUGAAUUGCUAGAGGAAACCAGGCAAGCUUUGAACAGGUACGAGAAGAACUUAGUAACGUUUAAAGUGGACCUUUCUGCCAACUUGGAAGAAAGAAUCAGAUUUUCUUUUUUGAAAACCUCUGAAUUACAAAAGGCUGUGGAUGAUUAUAAAGAGUAUCUGGAGAAAACUCUGAACCCCUGCAAGUUGCCAGAAGCUGUGAAGCCAGAGAAUCUGAAACCAACUGCAAACAAAGUGAGCAUAACUCUGGAUCAAGACACAGCCCAUCCCUACCUGGUUCUUUCUGAAGACCUGAAGAUGGUCACCUGGGAAUCAAAGAAGAAGAGGAGGGAAUGGAAGAAAAGAAGUAUGCCAAACAACCCUGAAAGAUUUGACUGGGAAACCUGUGUGCUGGGAUGUGAAAAAUUUACCUCAGGAAUAAAUUGGUGGGUGGUGGAGGUAUCAGGGGUAGGAAGCUGGGCUGUGGGGGUCGUGAGGGACUCGGUCAAGAGGAAGGGGUCUCUGCAGUUUCAUCCCGAGGAAGGCUUCUGGGCCCUGAGGAAGUCCUUCCAGGACACGCAUUCGUCUCGCGAAAUUGUGGCCUUAACCUCACCUGACCCAACUCCUCUGAUGGUGAAGGCAGAACCUAUUAGGAUCAUCAUCAUCUUGGAUUAUGAGGGAGGUCAGGUGGAUUUUUUGGAUGCCGAUACCAGCAACCUGAUCUUCACUUUCCAGGCAGGAUCAUUUUCUGGAGAGACCAUCCGACCCUUUCUUCAAGUGAGGGAAUGGGGAUUUAGUCUGAAGUGCUGAAUGAAAUAUAUACUGUAUAUAUAUAUUUAUUUAUUUAAAAAACCACAAAAUGUCAUUCUCGGAAUCCCCCCAGUCAGCCCUGCUGGAUUUGGAAAAAUACCUUCUCAACGUUUUGAAAUGAAAUGAGAUGAGGAAGAAUUGGUCUGCCCCUGGAGUUGUUACACAAGCAAAAGAGAUGGAUUUCCUAUAUGAAAAAUCCACUCUUGUUUUUAAUUGUUUGACACAUUUUUUAAAUCUAGGAAAGUGUAUUUUAAGGCUUCUUUUUUUGCAGGUGUAUUUGCUUCUGCUGUGUCUGUGCAUCUCAAAUGGUGCAUGCUUGCUUUUAAGUGGGAAAAUAAAGUUUAAUUUGGAAAUA